GGCCGUUGGGGAAAUUUAAAUCAUAUGCUUAGAGUUCGGACCUACUUUCAGAUUUGCAGCCGAAGAAGCUUUCAGAUUUUUUAGUUUUCAGUUUCUCAGCGAAACCACCAGAUUUGGGGAUAAAAUUAGGGUUUUUGGAUCUCCAGCAAAAAACAAUGGGAGAAUCAAUUUGCCUUGUGAGAUCUUUCUCGCAACCUGCAGAGUUUUCAUUGCAUGAAAUCAACAACGAGGUGGUUCCUAAUCGUGUGCUUACGGAAUCAGUAUCGUUUGGUAGAUUUGCGAAUGAAACACUAGCGUGGGAGAGAUGGUCAGCUUUUACUCAGAAUCGUUACUUGGAAGAGGUUGAGAGGUUUACUAAACCUGGUUCUGUGGCUCAGAAGAAAGCUUUCUUUGAAGCUCAUUUCAAGAACCGAGCUUCCGGGAAAGCGACACAGACGAAGAAGAUCGAAGAAGUUAAAACCGGUGAUGAGAUUGUAUGUGAGAUACCAAAGGAUAUUCUCGUUGAUUCAGAAGUGAUACUAGUGGUGUCUAAUGGUGAGGUGGAUGAAACAACUGAUGUGAAAACUGGCGAAGUGGAGAGCCUGAAGUCAGUAGUUGUUCUUGAAGACAAUGGUCUUGAUGAGGAGAAUUCUACUUCUUUGAGCAAAGAAAGACCUCCUAGUUGUUCGGGAUCGAAGGUCUCAAGUUCAAAAGUGGAACCUUCCGUUGUUAUAGAACUGGAUCAUUCACUUAACAACACUAGCAAAGAGUCAUCCUUGAGUAGUACAAGGUCACUUAGUGUAUCUAAGAACCGAAGUAGAUCACCUCCUGAAUCCGUUCAAAUGUCAAUCAGCUGUGCUCCUUCUGGUAGUACCGAGAAAAAAAUUGUCAGGAUGCCCCAAAACGGUGCUGAGAGUGCAGUGAAAGCAGACAAGAAGAAGAGAUCAGGUCCGAGUUCAGUUCACAUGUCACUCAAUCUUGCUUCUUCUGCUCGUCUUACGACCAAAGAAGCCCCAAAACCCUUGGCAAGAAACUCCAUUACACAGGAAACAACUUCAUCAAAAGCUAGAAACAAAGUUUUGCCAAAGAGAAACGAACCAACAGGAGCUUCAAAAAGCCGCAAGAGACCAUUUUCUCAGACAUCCAAAGAAGGUUUUAAAGCUGCAAAAUGUUCAACCAGCGCCUCUGCUGUCACAUUACCCGAACUUCCUCCUCUCAGUAAUCAGCUAUCAGAAAACAAAAGGAAAAACAUAACUGUAGGGAAAUCAAUUUCGAGCAGAAUACCCAACAAUGUGCAAAGACAACCUUCUGUCCGCUGUGAAAAUCUUUCAACUCAUAGCAGAACCAAAGCAAAGUCUUUGACUGUAUCUUCUCCCUUCAUCUUCAGAAGUGAUGAAAGAGCAGAGAAGAGGAAAGAGUUCUUCAAGAAGGUAGAAAAGAACAAGAAAGAGAAUACUGGAAAAGAUACAUUUUCUUGCGGCUUCAGGGUAAAUCAAAACACUCACUUAGCAUCUAAAGAACACAAGAACUCACAAGUUGGUGGUUUUCAGGUACGACCGAUAACCCUGACUUCACCAAGAUUCCGCAGGAACCAAACUCCAGGAAAAGAGAACAUAAAAACUCCCCAUAAAGCUUCCUCAAUGAAGAUCAUAAACACCAAAAAAAGGAAGACCCUUGUCACCAAAACCCAUUUUUCAGUUCCCACAAAAUCAUCAGAAUCUAAUUUCUUUGGCUCCAGACUCACUCACUCGUCGAAUCUCUCCCCAGUCUCUUCCUCUUCUCUCAAAAGCUUAAUCUUUGCCAAGGUUAACAAGGGUCAGGCUGCACCAGACUUCACAUUGAAGGAUCAGAACGGAAAGCCGGUGAGCCUCAAAAAUUAUAAAGGGAAGCCUGUUGUUCUCUACUUCUACCCUGCAGAUGAAUCCCCUGGCUGCACCAAACAGGCUUGUGCUUUCAGAGACUCUUAUGAGAAAUUCAAGAAAGCCGGUGCAGAGGUCAUUGGAAUUAGUGGUGAUGACUCUGCUUCUCACAAGGCGUUUGCAAGCAAAUACAAACUACCGUAUACUUUGUUAAGCGACGAAGGGAAUAAGGUGAGAAAAGAUUGGGGAGUGCCAGGAGACUUGUUUGGGGCAUUGCCAGGGAGACAGACUUACGUCCUUGACAAAAACGGUGUUGUUCAGCUCAUCUACAACAACCAGUUCCAGCCUGAGAAACACAUCGACGAGACCUUGAAGUUCCUCAAAGCUGCUUGAUCAUUCUCUCCUUCUUCUUCUUUUCUGCAUGUCUCAUGUCUGGCUCCAUGACCUUCCUAUCUUGUUUCUGUUGAUUAUGAAUUUUCAAUAAUACCAUGUUAUACCAAUGAGAAGAGAGUUGGCUUUUGUCUGGUACAAAGCUCACAACGAGAUAAGUACUAAAGAGUGGUUAAAAUG